AAAGCGGCCUCCGUAUAUCACCUGAGAGAUAUCCGAUGACCUCAAUCGAUAUCAAACAAACCGCAUGCCACUGAAACUAAUUCUCUGCAGUUAACUUGAGGGGUAACUCUGUGUACAACAUUGACUAAGACUCUCUGGAUUUUCACUAUGGAGUACAACUACCUCGGCCGUACCGGACUGCGUGUGUCCAACAUAUGUCUGGGGACCAUGACAUUCGGCCAACCACAGAUCGGCAAGUUGGACAAGGAUGCAUCUCACAAAGUCCUGGACCGAUUCGCUGCUCUCGGUGGAAAUUUCAUUGACACUGCAAACAUGUAUACCAGAGGGGUAUCGGAAAGCAUCAUAGGCGAGUGGUUGGUUAGACAAGAAAGAGAAAAUUUCGUAAUUGCCACCAAAGUGAGAAGUCCAAUGGGAGAUGAUGUGAAUAACGUUGGUUUAGGACGGAAACACAUCAUGCAGAGCUGUGAUGCGAGCCUUAAACGGCUUCAGACGGACUAUAUAGACCUCUAUCAGAUUCACAACUGGGACUUCGCCGUUCCCCCUGAGGAGUGGUUAGAAGCCCUCGGAGAUCUGGUUAAGGCUGGUAAGGUGCGCUAUAUCGGAGUGUGCAACCUGUGUGGUUGGCAGAUGCAGAAAGUGGUGGAUCUCUGCAAGUCCGGCAGGUACCCGGCUGUAGUCAGUCUUCAGCAACAAUACAACUUACUUUGCCGACAUCCGGAAUUUGAAGAAUUUCAAGUCUGUAAACAGGAAAAUCUCGGGGUUUUACCUUGGAGUCCAUUAAAAGGUGGAAUGCUUACUGGUAAAUAUAAACGUGGUACAAGACCUAGUUUAUCGGCGGGACGGAUUGGACUCGUUGCUCAAGAUGAAUCAAAGGCUAUGCAGAUUGCCCCGGCUUGGAGUCAGUACGAAAAUAAUGAAGAUUUCUGGAAGCUAUUAGAAGCCAUGGAGAAGAUUGCCAAAAAUUGUGGAAAGAGCAUUCCUCAGGUAGCAAUCCGGUGGUUGCUUCAGAAGGACGUGGUUGCCUCUGUUAUCAUUGGAGCCAACUCCAUUGAGCAACUAGAAGACAAUAUAGGGUCGGCAACAAACUGGCGCCUCUCCAAGGAACAGAUGGAUGAACUUGACACGCUCUCCAAACCGGAAGUCCCAUACCCAUACGAGAUGAUGUGGCGAAUGAACACUAACAGAGUGAAUCCGUAUCACCCAGCUCCGCUCGUAAAGAAUACUGACGGGUAGCUUCGUCCUUGUGAGAAGUUACCAGCAUAUGAGAACUCAUCUCUACUUUCAUCAUAUGAUUUAUUUAUCAAUGAUGUCAAUAUGUAAAACAAAUAAACUAUUUUAAAAAAUG